UAAUGGAGAUGAAGGGACCCGGACUGCUGGUGUUGACCGUCCUGUGUGGCGCCCUGGGCGGAGUCAGCCUGGCGGUGCUGGUGGCCACCCCGCCGGCCCCGGUCUCCGGCAUGCACUUGAUUCUGGGUCGUGUCAUCCCACUCGCCUUCGUCAACCUGACAAUUACUUUCCAGAAUUCAUGUGCCUGUCGGGUUGCGUGUUUCACUCAGACACUGUGCCAUGAGGCAACAGCUGAGAUCGUGUCAAACAGCAAGGUUCUCUGCCACCUCUCCUACAGUGGUGUUGCUGCUGCCAACCUCACCACUCAGCCCAACGCCGUAUCAUUCUUCAAGAGAGGAAACUACAUGAUGAUCGGUGCGAGGUUUUACAGGCUGUCACUCAAGAGUAUGACCUAUAGCUUUGCAGUUAGAGACUGCCAUUUGGACGGUGGCUUUCUCGCUGUCUUUGACACUCCGGACAAAAUGAAGGAGGUUACCACUCUCCUCAAUUUGUACGAGGUGUCGUUGAUAUGGACAGGCGGGACGGUCGGAUUUACCACUCAGACUGCACAGUGGUGUCUGCCUGACGGGACAACACAUGCCAUGACUUUCCCGCCGAUUCUAGUUGCACUGAAGGCAUCGUUUUGCAUACACCUGGAACGCACUGAGAACGGCUCCUGGACCAUGUCAAAUAUCUUCGUGAUGUGUAGUAGCGAACAACACUUUGUAUGCCAGAAGAACUAAAGGCUCGUCACUGACAACCAAAUGACGUGACCAGUGGCAGGUUGUGAUGUACGAAUGCCCUGUCAUGCGGGGGUUAUGUCAGAACAACCAGUGGCAAGGUGUACGAACACCCUGUCAUGCGGGGGUUGUCAGAACAACCUGUGGCAAGGUGUACGAACCAGCACUUGGUCACAUCUCUCAGACGGAGCGGAAUUAAGUCACUAACACAUCAGAUGUCGUAAGUUUGCAAGAAAUGAUCACACGGCACCAGGAAGUACAUGGAUCUAUCUCAAACAUUUUUGCACAUUUCUCAAAAUAUGUAGUUUCAAAAGGUUCAGUUAUAACAUAUGUAGUUGUAUAAUGUUUAGUUAUAACAUGUAUGGUUGUAUAAUGUUUAAUUGUAAAAUAUAUAGUUAC